AUUUUUCUUUUCCCUCCAUAAUUGUUGAAAAUCACGCACUAACAAUCUCUCUCUCUCUUUGCCCUGAGCUGUACGCUGGUUUGGUAGCAGAAUCAAAUUCCAUUCACCUAAAACAGCUCUCUCUCUCUCUCUCUAAAACUUGAUCGAUCUUUCACGAGUACUUUCUCUCUCUACCACUUCCGCGAGGCUUUUCCUUUUUCCAAUAAACAGUUGCCAUGUUUCGGAGAAGACAAUCUCAGAAUCAGCAGGAGGAUGAUCCUUCACAACAGGUUGAUAAGAUCAGGGAACUCAGGACUGCUCUUGGACCCUUAUCCGGACGCUGCUUGCAAUUUUGCACUGAUGCAUGCCUGAGGAGAUACUUGGUAGCUCGAAACUGGAAUGUUGGAAAAUCAAAGAAAAUGUUGGAAGAGACACUCAAGUGGAGAUCAACCUAUAAGCCAGAGGAAAUCCGCUGGCAUGAAGUAGCACAUGAAGGUGAGACUGGCAAAGUGUCCAGAGCAAAUUUUCAUGAUCUACUUGGGAGGUCUGUCCUUAUAAUGAGGCCAGGAAAGCAGAACACCACAUCAGCAGAAAAUAAUAUCCGUCAUCUAGUCUAUCUCAUAGAGAAUGCUAUCCUUAACCUCCCGGAGGGUCAAGAAAAAAUGUCAUGGCUUAUAGACUUCACUGGAUGGUCACUGAACACUAACGUCCCCAUUAAAACAGCCCGAGACAUUGCUUACAUUUUACAGAAUCACUACCCCGAGAGACUUGCCAUAAUAGUUCUCUAUAAUCCACCACGAAUUUUUCAGGCAUUUUGGAAGGUUGUGAAGCUUUUUUUGGACCCAAAAACAUUUCAGAAGAUCAAGUUUGUUUACCCAAAUAACAAAGAGAGUGAGGAGAUCAUGAGGUCCUUUUUUGAUGUUGAAAACCUUCCGAGUGAGUUUGGAGGAACAGGCAGCUUGAAAUAUGAUCAUGAAGAGUUUUCCAGAUUGAUGGCCCAGGAUGAUGUCAAAACCGCUAAAUUCUGGGGAUUCGACGAUAGUAAGCCUUGCCAUGCUAUGAAUGGCUACUCGGGAGCAGAGGUGGCUCCAGAACCGGUGAGUCUGCACCACCUGCAAGCUGAGUCAGACAAAAAUGCCCAUGAGUAUGUAAAAACCUAAAGGAAUGUCGAACAGUGAGCUGACAGAGUUAGCUAAUACGUGUAUCGAAUCUACUGAUGAGAAGUGGAAAUGAUUUUCCCGCGCUCUUUGAAAUGAAUAAGCGUUAAUAUGCUGCACCUUGCGGCUGAGCAAAGUUAUCUUCCUCUCCAUAUGCCAUUAUUUUCAGUGUGUUUCUCAACUUCAAAUGACCAAACUUGAAUGAUUUACUCCUUGUUCCAUUGUC